GGCGGAGUUUUGCGAGGGGGUUGUAGUUGAAGUUGCUGUUAUUGAGGAUGAGUAGGGGUUUGGGAAGAGAGAAAACCCAAGAGAAUACAGAGUCGCUCAAUGCACGAUGUGGGUCUAGAGAUAUCUGUAUUCUUUUCUUUUCUUCGCUGUGGAUGCUAUGCUCUGCUCUGUUUUUUCUGAACAAAUCUAUAGCGAAAUCCCCUUUUCAUGUAUUCAAGCCAUACACCCCAUCCACGUCCACGAAUCAGGAUGGACGAAUACACCGACCAAAUCAACCCCAAUUCAUCUUCGAUCUUGAUACUAGUGCAGUGCAGAACAACACCGCUUGAUACAUCCCGAACCCUACGGUUCACAGGCCAACG